AUGCCACAGAGCAAUGCCUACAACUGCCUGGGGUACUUGUUGCUAGUACUCUGUAGUCUGAAGGCUACUCUCGCCUUUCCCAACUCCUCUCCGCUGCUGAAUCCCAGCUGGGGGAAUGGAGAUCGCCUGGUGCACCUCUACACAGAUACAGAGAGGAACAGCUUCCAUCUCCAAAUCAACGCUGAUGGCUAUGUUGAUGGUGUUCCUCACCAAACCAUUUACAGUGCCCUAAUGAUCAAGUCCGAGGGCGCUGGCUCAGUGAUAAUCACAGGUGUCAAGAGUGGACGCUACCUGUGUAUGGACACGAAAGGAAACAUUUUUGGUUCGCAUUACUUCAGCCAAGAGGACUGUGUGUUCAACCACAGGACGCUGGAAAAUGGAUACGAUGUGUACCAAUCUCCCAAACACAACUUCCUGGUUAGCUUAGGCAGAGUUAAACAAGCUUUCUUCCCUGGUGUGAAUCCACCAUCGUACUCCCAGUUUUUGUCCAGGAGAAAUGAAAUCCCUUUGUUUCGAUUCAACACACCUGAACCCCACAGAAACACUAGAAGUGCAGAUAUCGACCCAAUGGAUCCACAUCAGAUCCUAGUCCCGCAGAGAAAGAUCUCUCUUUUUGGAUCUCAGUUGCAGCAGCAAGCAGACUUUUCCCACAUGCCCAGAGAACCCAUGAGAAUCAACCAGAACGACGUGGUCAACCCAGAUGACCCACAUGCUAUGAUGGAUGCCAGGAGGUACGCCAGUCCUCGCUUUUAUAUUACAAGAUAA